UUAUUUGGGGCAUAAGGCAAGGGCUUCACUUGCCUUACCCUAGAGCCGCCCUUGCCUCUGUUUCCACCUUCACUGAAGUUAUCAGAAAAUAUGAACAAAGUAGAAGAAAGAGCAGCAGAGGAGGAAGAAGAGGAGCAGAGCUUCGAGGAAUUAGGAGUUGAUCCUCGUCUCAUCCGUGCCUUAACCAAGAAAUCUAUCCUUAAACCUACCCCUAUUCAGCGUGUUGCUAUUCCCCUUAUCCUCGAAGGGAAAGAUGUGGUUGCCCGAGCUAAGACUGGUUCUGGAAAGACCUUUGCUUAUCUCCUUCCUUUACUUCAGAAGCUCUUUACUACUCAGUCACCUUCAACCAAGAAUCUUGCACCCACUGCUUUAAUUCUUGUACCCACUAGGGAAUUGUGCCAACAGGUUUGUUCAGAGGCCAAUUCGUUGAUUGAACUAUGUAGAGUGCAAUUGAGACUUGUUCAAUUGACUAGCUCCAUGUCUGUUUCUGAAUUGAAAACUACGUUGGCGGGGCCUCCUGAAAUUGUUAUAUCUACUCCUGCUUGUAUACAGACAUGCUUGAAGAAUGGAAUUAUUCAAGCAAAAGCUGUUCAGGAUUCUCUCUCCAUUCUCAUUCUCGAUGAGGCAGAUCUUCUUUUGUCAUACGGAUAUGAAGAUGAUCUGAAAGCUCUUACAUCUCACGUACCAAGACGUUGCCAGUGCCUUCUGAUGUCUGCAACCUCAAGUUCUGACGUUGAAAAGCUGAAAAAGCUUAUUUUACACAAUCCCUACAUCUUAACUUUGCCUGAAGUCGGUGACACAAAGGAUGACAUUAUACCAAAAAAUGUUCAGCAAUUUUAUAUUUCUUGUGCUGCUCGUGAUAAGCUUGUCCAUAUCCUUGCCCUCUUGAAGCUAGAGUUGGUUCAGAAAAAAGUGCUGAUAUUUACAAAUUCAAUUGACAUGAGUUUUAGACUCAAACUAUUCUUUGAGCAGUUUGGGAUCAAGUCUGCAGUAUUAAAUGCGGAGCUGCCUCAGAGUUCUCGUCUGCACAUCCUUGAGGAAUUCAAUGCUGGGCUAUUUGAUUACUUGAUUGCGACUGAUGAAAGUCAAUCAGAAGGAAAGGAACAGGUCGAUGAUCAAAAUGGCAAUGAGCGGAAGAAAUCGAAGAAACACCGAAAACAUAAAUUGGAUGCAGAGUUUGGCGUGGUUAGAGGGAUAGACUUCAAAAAUGUGUAUACUGUGAUAAAUUUUGAGAUGCCUCAAACAGCUGCAGGCUAUGUACAUCGAAUUGGACGUACUGGAAGAGCAUAUAAUACUGGAGCAUCUGUCUCUCUUGUAUCUGCUGAAGAGACAGAAAUGUUUGAAGAGAUUAAAUCCUUACUUGGGGAAAAUGAUGAUAAGGUGUCACAGUUUAUUGCCCCAUUCCCGUUGCUGAGUAAGAACGCAGUGGAGUCUUUGCGUUACCGAGCCGAGGAUGUUGCAAGGAGUGUCACGAAAAUUGCUGUAAGAGAAUCACGGGCUCAGGAUCUGAGGAACGAAAUUCUUAAUUCUGAAAAGUUGAAGGCGCAUUUUCAAGAUAAUCCAAAAGACUUAGAUCUUUUGAAGCAUGAUAAGAUGUUAAGUAAGAAGGCACCUGCCCCACAUCUACGUGAUGUACCUGACUACCUGGUGGAUCCAACAACACAGGAAGCUAGCAAGAUUGUGAAGCUUGCUAGAGCUGCAAUGGGCAAUACUAAUGCAUCUCGCGGCAAAGGAUCAAAGGGAAGGUUCCAAAGAAGCAGAGACCCUCUUAAAACAUUUUCAGCUGAGGCACCGAAGCGAGCAGGAAAAGGUGGGAUGAAGAGAAAGGCAAAAGAUACUGAUAAUGGCCAUAAAUACAAAAAGAAACACUCUGCUUAAGUUUUUUAGUAAAGGGAAUUUUGUAGUUUAUUAGUAUAAUAUUUGAAUGAAUUAUUAAUCAUUUUUUUUUUUUGAAUGCUUUCUCUGAGAUACUAUCAACCUUUGGUGCUUGCUCUC